AUGAGUGUGGAAAAGGACCAGGAUGGGUUCACCAUCAACUUCGAGGAGUUUGAAUCCGGAACGCUGAUAAUGCGAUUCAAAAAACUACCCGACGGAUCAUUCAAAUACAAAGUCAGGAAGACGAGAAGAGUUCUCGGUGGAGAACUUGUGCCGCUGAAUGAGAACACUGGUGUCCACGAGGGUACCAUUAAUCCAAAGCGAAUUGACCCACAAUACUAUCCAAUUCAGCCACCAUACCAGAUGAAAAACUACGAGGUCCGGACCAUAGAUAACCUGAGGUGGGAUUUGGGUGCAAUUCCUAGAGUCAAGCAGAAAUGGUCGUUAUCAAAGAGAUCCGAAGUGCCCAAAUACAUUUGUAAGCAAAAUAUCUACUUCCACCGCAAUUUUCAAACCAAGAACCGGAGAAUGCAAGACGAGAGAUUCCCACCGGUGACGGCGUUGUUUCGACCUUGCGAGUCGAAGAUCAGAAAACGUGCCAUCCAAUCUAUUAAUAGACUAUCUAAGAUGGAUGAAGAGAGCGGCAUCAGCCCGCAGCUGGCUCAAGUAGAUCCCUUUGCGGAACAGAAAGCAUAUUUCAAAUGUGGAGAUGGGCUCUACGGUGAGCAGUUCCCCAAAGACGACGAUCCUGACCAUCACUUCAAACUCGGCUGGCUCACAGUGUUUGAAGAUCAAGAGCUUUUCGGUAUGAGUGGUAUGUUUGACUUGGUAGUAGGGACAACGACAGCAUUGGCCUACGAUCAAGAGAUCCAAAAGAGAUGGAAAAAACUAUAA